AUGGCAAUUCCAAGAAUAGCAGAUGCUUUACAGGGUAUAGAGUUGAAUGGUGGAAUAGAGCCGUCGCCUUUCCCUGCGAAAACGAAGCAAGCGGCAGGUCUUGUCAACGGCAUGGAAACGGACCUCACAUCGAUGUAUUUCUCGGACAAGAUCUUGAUCACCAUUUCACAAGGUGGCCGGUUAGCACAAUGGAUCCAAGUCCCACUCUCCACCGCCUCGCCCACAUCCUUUGAUACCGCACUAUCGAGCGGAAAUUCAGACAUGCUUCCUCUCGGCCACCUCACCCCAAAAACACUCCUUGGAGCAGGCGGCGACCAACGUGAGACGAUGGGUCAUCUGUAUGCCAGUCAGAUUGCGAGUGCGAUUGCUACGAGGGAUCCCGAAGAGACGAGAACCGUUAUGGUGGGGUUUGGGCUGGAGAAGGUGGAUAUGGCGCGGGAGACGUUCUUUGAUUUGAUUGAGCUGGUGCAGAAGGUCAUAUGA